AUGGGUAUUGACAAAACCCAGAUCAAUGAUACAAUUACUGAUACAGCAAACUAUUCACUAAAUAUUUCACUGCCUGGCGGUUGUAAAAAAAUUGAUGAAAGACCUUCCUACAUUGAUGAUAGUUUGGAAGAAUCUGCUGCUGUGCCUGACUUGGACCCUGCCAAAUGGAAAAUUAAUUCAAGUUUAAUAGACUAUUUUAUUUUGAAUCAACCAAUUCAAGAUGUUAAAAAAAUUAAUUUUAAUAAAACUGGACGAAUGUGUGGAAAAUAUUUCCGGAAACUGCCUAGAAGUAUCUUUAUAAGAACAUUGCAUAAUGGGCAAAUUACCAAUAGAGAGUGGCUCUUAUACUCUUUAUCAGCUAAUGCAUUAUUUUGUUUCCAGUGCCUUCUUUUUUCUAACAAAAAAAGUAAUCUUGGAAAUUUAAAAUUUGGAUUAAAAAACUGGGGUAAAUGUGAAGAAAAAGUAAAAUGUCAUGAAGAAGGCCAACAACACGGUGAAUCAAUUAGAAUUUGGUUUUCAAGAACACAAAAAAAUGCUACUUCAAUUGAUAAAAUGUUACACGAAGAAAUGAAAUCAAAACUGGAUUAUUGGACUAAUGUUCUCCAUCGAGUUAUUGCAACAAUUACUUUCUUGGCUGAAAGAGGACUACCAUUCCGUGGUAAAAAUAAUGAAUUUGGCUCAGUACAUAAUGGCAAUUAUAUGGGAUGUUUAGAACUUAUAGCUAAAUUUGAUCCUUUUUUGUCGGAACAUAUUUCUAAAUACGGUAACCAAGGGAAAGGCAAUGUUUCAUAUCUAUCCUCGAUAAUAUGUGAUGAGUUUUUAAGUUUAAUGAACAAUUUGGUUCUAAGAAAAAUUGUUGCUGAAAUUAUUGAAGCUAAGUACUUUUCAAUCAUAGUAGAUUCUACUCCAGAUAUCAGUAAACAAGAUCAAUUAACUGUUGUGAUUCGGUACAUAAAACCAAAUGGAAAUUCUGAAGAAAGAUUUUUAACAUUUUUAUCCUCUGUAGGACAUAAGGGAGAACAAAUGGAGGAAGCGUUAAUUGAUAAAUUUAAGGAAUUGGACAUAGACAUAAAAAAUUGCAGGGGACAAGCCUACGACAACGCAUCAAAUAUGUCUGGAAGAUAUAAUGGCUUACAAGCACGUAUUAAAAAAUAUUCUAAAAAUGCUAAUUUUGUACCGUGUGCCGCACACUCACUAAAUCUUAUUGGGUCAAAUGCAGCUGAGAUUACCAAAGAAGGAACUCGGUUUUUUUAUGAUUGUCAAAUGGUUUACACUUUUUUUUCUUCGUCUACAUAUAGAUGGAAUCUGUAUGAACAAUCGACCAAAUCUGUCCUUAAGAAUUUAUGUACAACAAGAUGGUCAUCACGUUAUGAAGUGUGUAAAGCUCUUUCGUUUGGUUACAAAAAUGUAUUACAAGUUCUUCAAGUUUUGUCAGAAGAUAACACGCAACAACCAUCAACAAGACAUGAGGCUACGUCUAUUAAAAAAAAAUGUUCUUAUAAUUUUAAGAAUCUUUGCUGGUAUGCCUUGUACCAAUGCGAGUGGUGA